ACUUGGGAUGAGAAAUUCAUCAGCAAGUUCACCAAGGGAUAUCGGCGUGACUCAUUUUACCUCUCCUCUGCCCCUACCCAUAAGUCUGUCUACUAUGAAUCCCCUUUCUGGUACAAGACAGACUCUCACGCCAUCUGUGUCCCAGCAAACCGAAAGCUGCGUCACCUCUUGCUUCGCGAGCAUCAUGACCAGAACGCACACUUUGGAGUCGACAAGACGCUUGCGGCCAUCUCUGCCAAUUUCUUCUGGCCCAGGCUCUCUCGUGACGUUCGCUCCUACGUGCGCUCCUGCCAUAUCUGUCAGUGUAACAAGGCUCGCACAACGCAGCUCUUAUGGUCUCUUACAUCCCCUGGACAUUCCUGAGCUCCCUUGGAGUCAUGUCACUCUUGACUUCAUCACUGAUCUCCCCCCUACUGCCUCUCAUCAUAAUGCCAUUCUCACUGUCGUUGACAAGCUCUCUAAAAUGGCAUUUCAUUCCCACAUCCACCACAGCCACUGCACAACAUACUGCUGAGCUUUUCUUCAAAGAGGUG